CUCACAUUCAUUCACUUGGCCUCUGGUUCUCAGUUCGUUCCCCGCAGUGUGACCCAUCGAUCUGAGAACCCGGCACGAUUAGGUGACCAUCGAUUCAUUUUUACCCAUCCUUUUCUCGCUGGUUUUCUCCUCAUCGAUUUUGCUCCGCAUUUUCUGCCCCGCUGGUUGACAAGCCUUUCAUUAGGUACGGGGCACCGUAUCUUUAAUACUCAGAGAUGUCCGACAAUCUCUCUGAAGCGGACAAGAUCCGCAACAAGCGCUUAGCAAAGCUUGGAAACCCGUCCCCAUCGUCGAGAUCAGAGGGCGUAGAGUCGUCAAGUCGGCCCCAAUCUCCCUCGACGCCAGCACUUUCCCGAACACAGUCCAACGCCGGCAGUGCAGCGAGUUCCAGAGCAGCGUCGCCCAGACCCGACCUACAGUCCGAAGGGAAGCGGAUCAAGAUCACACCAGCCGUCUCGAACAUUACAGGCCCCGAUCGGUCACAAUCGGUCACCCCAGUUUCCGGCACCCCACCGCCGCCGAGGGCAGAAGAGAGUCUUGAGGCGUUUGAGGAUCGUACACUGAGCGCUGUGUUCAAGCUGACGUUGAAGGGGGACCGCCAACGGGAUAUCCACGGACAAAGAUUGACUUACCUUUCGGGCCUCAAGAGUGAGCUCGAGGAGCAAGGUCGCGGCCUUCGUAUUGAGACAGCUGUCCUAGACCAGGCUCUUCUGGAAGCUGCUUCAAAUGCCCCUCAGCAGAAGCCCUUGGAUUAUUUGCUACCGUGCUGGCGGAGGAUAUCUAGGCUGCACAAGGGAUUCCGUCGUGCUCGCGAAGAUGACCCGAAGUUCAACGUCAUAUGCGAGGCCCGGCGCCUUUGCUUGAGUUAUUGCAUGUUUGCGAUUACAAUGCCGGAGAUGUUUGGGAUCGAACCGUCCGGACAGUCACCUCUUAAGCCUUACCUUCUCUUGGACCCCGAGGAUGAUAAAGGGGUGGAUUUUGAGCUUCUAAGUGAGGCUGUCAAAAGGUUUGAAGAGGAUGAGAACAUCAAGCCAGCAUUCAUUGCGGCGGUAGAAGAAAUGAGCAAGGAUCUUGCGGCCAUGACUAUCAACGACGAUUACAAGCCCUACGUAACAGCCCUACGAAACCUUGUCCGCCACGCGGUUGUGGGUGCAGCGAUCACAGAGUCAUCCUUGUUCAAUGAAUCUCGGGAGGCUGCAACAUUUGAGAAGGACACGUUACUCGGGCCCUGGUUCCGGCUAUCGCCUCUGCAGGGUGCAGUGACUAUGACCUAUUUCUCAAGCCCCAAGACGAGGGACCAGGGCUAUAUCCUGAACGCACAGCGCUCACAGCGGAUGAUGCAGCAGAUGCUGAGUUCGGAUCUUUUCGACAUAAUAAACCAUCUGAUUCGUGCAUCGAAAGAUGCACGUGAGAGAGUUCUGGAUUGGUUCGCCGCAGCUCUGAAUAUCAAUCACAAGCGACGCGCUAUGCAGGUUGAUCCGAAUACUGUGUCCUCGGAUGGUUUCAUGUUCAAUCUCACGACGUGUCUGGACCAGCUUUGUGAGCCUUUUAUGGAUGCCAACUUUACCAAGAUCGACAGGAUUGAUGCAGGAUAUUUGCAUCGGAACCCACGAAUCGAUAUGAAAGAUGAGACCAAAAUCAACGCCGAUCAGCAUGCGUCUGAUGCAUUCUAUGCUAAGAAGGUUGAUGGUACCUCUAAUUUCAUCACAGAGAUCUUCUUCCUCACAGUCGCUGCUCACCACUAUGGUAGCGAAUCAUUGACCUCAAAGUUGGAUCAACUGGAGAAGGACCUCCGACACCUGGAGAACACAAUCAACAAAUUCGAGCAAGAACGGCACAAGUGGAGCAACAACCCAAUGCAACUCAGGGUCUUUGAGCAGGCCUUAAAGAAGUACAAGGACAAGUUGGAUUUGGGUCUUGCUUUGAAGUACAGUCUUCAAGGUGUGUUGUUCGACGACCAGUGGCAGGCCCGUUCCAUGCUGUUUAUGCGCUAUGUUAUUGUCUUCCUCCUGAGACUUGUGUCUGGCAAGAACUUCCCCAAAGAGCCCAUCCAAUUGCCUCUGCCCGAGGAGCAGCAAGAAGUUUGGAAGUGUCUUCCUGAGUACUUUGUGGACGACAUUGUGAGCAAUUUCAAAUUCAUCAUGUGGUGCAUGCCUCAAAUCAUUACCGCAACGCAGGGUGACGAAUUGGUAAUGCUCUGUAUAGCCUUUUUGGAAAGCACUAGCUAUAUCAAAAACCCCUAUUUGAAGGCCGGUCUAGUCUCUAUUCUCUUCCGAGGAACAUGGCCUCGCCCUGGCGGUGCGCGGGGCGUGCUGGUGGACCUCCUGAACUCCAUGCCCUUUGCCAACGAGUAUUUGCUGCAUGCUCUUAUGAAGUUCUACAUUGAAGCCGAGCACACGGGCACCCAUACCCAAUUCUUCGACAAGUUCAACAUCCGUUUUGAGAUCUUCCAGAUCAUCAAGUGCAUUUGGCCCAAUACGCUAUACCGUGCCAAGCUUUCUAACCAGGCCAAGCGGAAUCUGGACUUCUUCGUGCGCUUUGUGAAUUUGCUCCUCAACGAUGUGACUUUUGUGCUUGACGAGUCGUUCGGUGCCUUUAUUACCAUCCAUAAAACUCAAACGGAAUUGCGUAAUGGGGCGGGCAUGGAUCCCACCGUGCGACAGCAGAAAGAGGAACAACUUGCCUCUGCUCAGCGCAAUGCGAAGUCUUACAUGCAAUUGACCAAUGAAACAGUCGCCAUGCUUAAGCUCUUCACCGAAGCUCUGGCCGAUUCAUUCACCAUGCCGGAAAUUGUGCAAAGACUGGCAGACAUGCUUGAUUACAAUCUUGAUGCGAUGGUGGGCCCCAAGAGCUCGAGUCUCCGUGUCGACAACCUGCAGGAGUACGGGUUCAAUCCACGAGCCUUGUUGAGCGAGAUUGUCGAUGUGUAUCUGAACUUGAUGAGCAAGGAGAAUUUCAUUGUGGCCGUUGCUCGGGAUGGACGGUCCUACAAGCCGGCCAACUUCGAAAAGGCAGCGGAGAUCCUGCGGAAGUGGUCACUCAAGUCCCCUGAGGAGCUCAGGCGGUGGGAGCAGCUACAACGCCGGGUGCGGGAAGCCAAGGAGGCCGACGAACAAGCAGAGGAGGACCUCGGAGAGGUCCCCGACGAGUUUUUAGAUCCUCUUAUGUAUACACUGAUGGAAGACCCUGUGAUUCUUCCUGGGUCGAGAGUGUCCAUCGAUCGCUCCACCAUCCGGUCUCAUCUUCUGAGUGACCCUCAUGAUCCUUUCAACCGAGUCCCCCUCAAGAUGGAAGACGUCACGCCUGAUACGGAGCUCAAGGCCAAGAUUGAGGCGUUCAAGGCGGAGCGAAUGGCAGCGCGCAGAACACCAGCGACGCAAAGUGCAUCUGAGACGAUGGACACGUCUGCUGACUGAUGGGAUAUCCCUUUGUUUAUGAGUUGGCGGUUGUUGGAAACGAUUCCACAUCCACGAUAUUCCUAAAAAUUGGAACGAUACGAGCUUUGUUUUUAUUGUUAAUGGUUUGGAUCGGAGUGGGCUAUUCUUUUCUUGCUCCUUCACGACUUGUAGCUUCGCUAGAUGUUGAGGCUUAGCAUAGACGAACAGACUAAAACUUAUGUUAUAUCGGGUUUUACCGUC